AUGUCCUCCUUCGAUUCCAUCACGGCCGUCGUAGGCGAUGACGACGGGCUACCGCCCGUCCCCUUCGACCCUGCCGUCAUCGAGGACGGUGGCGAGCAGCAGGGCCUCGGCAUGCGCCGCGGCCACCGCUUCGCCGCGUCCUAUUCGUCCUUCGGCACAGCCGUGUCCGAGGACGACCUGGGCGGUGUCGGAGGCGAUGGCGGCGGGUACGGCGUCUUCGGCAUGCCUCCUGACUCCAACGGCGGCGCCGCGUACAGGUUCUCCGGGGACGUGGUGAACGGCGUGGAGCAUGUCAUGGGCGCCCUGGAUGUGAUGGAUGGCGCGGCGCACGGCGGCGUGGGCGGGGGCAUCGGCGGCCUCGACGAGGACCUGUUCAGUGGGCCAGCCGACGACGGUCUCGUCCUGCCACCGCCGGAGUCCAUGAGGGAGGAGGGCAUCCUCCGCCGAGAGUGGCGCCGCCAGAAUGCGUUGAUGCUGGAGGAGAAGGAACGGAAGGAGAGGGAGCGGCGCAGCGAGAUCAUCGCGGAAGCAGAUGAGUUCAAGAAGUCCUUCCUCGAGAAGCGCAAGCUCACGAGCGACACGAAGCGAACGCAGAACAGAGACAGGGAGAAGCUGUCCCUGGCGAACCAAGAGAAGUUCCACAAGGAGGCAGACCGGCAGUACUGGAAGGCGAUCUCGGAGCUGGUGCCGCACGAGAUCCCGGGGCUGGAGAAGAGGGGCAAGAAGAAGGAGCAGGAUCAGCGGAAGCCCGGGAUCGUGGUGGUGCAGGGUCCCAAGCCCGGCAAGACUACCGACCUCUCCCGCAUGCGCCAGGUGCUCAUGAAACUCAAGCAGAACCCACCAGCUCACAUGGUGCCGCCUCCGACGCCGGCCAAGAAAGAGGAGGAGAAGAAGGAUGGGGAUAUGGGCGCCAAGAAAGAUGGUAAUGAUGCCAACAAAGACGAUAAGCAGACAGCUGGAGACGCCGGGAAGAAGACGGAUGCCAGUGAUAAGGCUGACCUGAGCGCCAGUGCUGCUGGUGCGACCCCGGCGGCAACUGAAGCGCCGGCAAGCAGGCAAUAGAGCAACUGGUGAAGAAGUGAUUGCCAUGCGCCUGCUAUCUAGUCGUCGUAUCAUAGUAAUAAGAACACCGGCCUGGAAUAAUGUUCUUGGUUGAGCCGUGGGCAAGUGCUACAUUUUUGUGCAGUUUUCUGAGCUAGAAAUAGCUAACGAAUUUCUACUA